AUUUCUGAUGAACAGGUGAAACCAUGUUACGAUCUGUUGUACUUUUCAUUGAUGCGAAUAUUUGCAUCAAACAGUAACUACGUUGAGUGGAUAUACUGUACUUUUCAACCAGAUACGCUCUUCUGUUUCUGAUCCAUCCUUUAAAUUUUGAACGCGUCUGCACAGGAAGCCUUAUGUAGCAUCCCCGCGCUUUUCUCUCUCUCAAACUACCAUUUUUUUGUUUCAUUCUUCACCUUCCUCCGAUUCCCAUUUCGACAACCCCAGCACACACACACUCUCAAAAGAGCCGAAAAUUUUCAUUUUUGAGAUCAACCCGGAAUCAGCAUCAGAAUCCUCUUCUUCCUGUUAAUUAGUGUAUGUGUUUUAUGCAGAGGCGGUGGUGGUGAUUGUGAUCAUGAUGAUGGGGAUGUCAUGAGAAAGCUUUGACUCUUUUAUAAUAAAGGGCUGAACCACUAUCACUGACUCUGUUCAAUUUUCGAGUUUUAAUAGUUUUCAAAGUCAACUUUCUCGUCUCUCGCUCGUUAUUUGUUUGCUAUCUUUUGGAUUGCUGGGUUUUUGCUGUAGUUUUUUUUUUUUUUUUAACUUUCGUUUUUAUUCAAAAAGUUUAUUUCUUUUAUUUAUUUGAUUUAAAAUUUUUCUUUUUAAGUUUCUGAGUCAUUGUUAUUGGUCUGAUAUUGGUGGGAAUUGGGUCGCUUUCUUAGGGUUUACUUUUGUUCUCUUGUGUUUGAUUUAUUCUUUACAUUUAGAAGAUUUUAAAAAAAAAAAUGGUUGGUGAUGGGGAAAUUGUGGUUUUAAAUUGAACUACCAGGGGCCAAUCUUUCAAGAGAGUAUAAGAAGGCGAGUCACUAUUUGAUAUACUUUUUGUUCGCUUUUUACAGUCAGAACUUUUUUUUUUUGGGUAUUAUUUUUUUCCUGGGUUAUAAAGUCAGUCUUGGAGGGAACUUGAAUAGGAACUGUGGUUGGUGAAACAAGUUCUCUGUUUGGUAUAAUUUUCUCUAUUGUAUUCAUCAUUUUUUAAUUUGAGCAUACUGUUCUGUUGUUGAAUAUUCAUAGUUAAAGAGGUAGUAAUUUUUUUUUAGUGUUUGAUUCAAGGUCGUUGACCAUAUGUCUGUGAUUAUUAUUUUUAUCAAGACAAGAAAUAGAUAAAUUGCAUCUGGCUUAUAUCUUUUUUUCCAUUCUUGAAUUCAAAGUAUUCUUUGUUGUUCAAGAGUUUGUUCAGUUGUGUUGUUGAGUUUGUUUGGUGUCUGAAUAUGGAUUUGAAUACAAAAGAUGGACCCAGAAUUGCCAUAUCUCCAAAGAAAUUUGAUAACCAGGAGGGAAGUGUGAAUUCAAAAAUGAAGGGUACAGGCACUAGUAGUAGCAAGGACAUGCUUGUGAGAGCCGAUAAAGUUGAUCUAAAAAGCUUGGACAUGAAGCUGGAGAAGGGCUUGAGCUGGCUAUGGUCUAGAAAUUCUGAAACCCAAAGGACUAAAGAAGAGUGGGAGAUUGAUUUGUCUAAACUGGAAAUAAGGAAUGCCAUAGCUCAAGGGACCUAUGGGACUGUUUUCCGUGGUGUUUAUGACAAUCAAGAUGUUGCAGUGAAGCUGCUUGACUGGGGGGAUGAUAGUAUUGCCACCACUGCCGAGAUUACUGCCCUGCGUUCGUCAUUUCGUCAGGAGGUCGCUGUAUGGCAGAAAUUGAACCAUCCUAAUGUUACAAAAUUUGUCGGAGCUUCAAUGGGAACCUCAAAUCUUAAGAUUCCUGCAAAAAACCCAUCAAGUAAUGCUGACAAUACCCUUCCUCCUCAAGCUUGUUGUGUGGUUGUGGAAUAUCUUCCUGGUGGGACACUAAAACAAUAUUUGAUAAGGAAUAGGCGAAAGAAACUUGCUUUCAAGGUUGUGAUUCAACUUGCCUUGGACCUCGCUAGAGGUCUUAGCUAUUUGCAUUCAAAGAAAAUUGUGCAUCGUGAUGUCAAAACAGAGAACAUGUUACUGGAUGCACACAGAAAUCUCAAAAUCGCUGAUUUUGGUGUUGCUCGUGUUGAAGCUCAAAAUCCACAAGACAUGACUGGUGAAACUGGUACCCUUGGGUACAUGGCCCCCGAGGUUCUCCAGGGCAAGCCUUAUAAUAGAAGAUGUGAUGUCUACAGUUUUGGAAUAUGCUUGUGGGAAAUUUAUUGCUGUGAUAUGCCCUAUCCAGAUCUUAGUUUUGCUGAUGUGUCAGCUGCUGUUGUUCGACAGAAUUUGCGGCCAGAUAUUCCUAGAUGUUGUCCAAAUUCUUUGGCCAAUGUCAUGCGAAAAUGCUGGGAUGGAAAUCCGGAAAGACGUCCAGAAAUGGAUGAGGUGGUGAGAAUGUUGGAAGCAAUUGAUACAAGCAAGGGAGGUGGGAUGAUACCUGAAGACCAGUCUCGGGGUUGUUUCUGUUUUGCCCCUGUUCGUGGUCCCUAAUGCUUUUCUCCCAGCUUAUACGUGUAGGAGAAGCCAAAGAUGCAGGAACUGCUGGUUUAUUGCUUUCUGGUUGUCCAGCCGAGAACUUUCAAACAUAUUUCAGCACAGCAGUGUACAUGAUUAGGGGAAACAGUUUAUGAUUUUAACUUAUACUCUUUGUUCCAAAUGAAAACUUUUACAACCUAAAUUUAUCUUUGAAGUUACUGCACCAAUUUAUACA